AUGAGGCCAUGGGAUGGCAUCGUCUCCGCCUCGUCCAUCUCCACAACGGCGGCGGCCACCGGCUGCCACGUGCUCAAGAUCAAUGGCUACUCGGAGGCCAAGAUGGCCAUGAGCAAUGGAUCGCUUGCCACGUCCAGCGAAUUCGAGGCAGCCGGCUACACCUGGUACAUCAGAUACUACCCCAACGGGAUGUCGUCUUAUGGCGUCGACCACAUCUCCCUUUACCUCAGGCUCGCCGAUCGCCACGUCGGCACCACUCUUGUCAACGCUAGGUUCCGGUUCAGCCUGAUACCACCUCACGGUGGAGAUGGGCCGUGGUGGCGGCGGUGGCGGCCGCGGCCGCGGCCGUACAGCGAAAGCGCCGCAGCCGAAUUCGGGCACGCGAUGCAUUCCUCCGGUCCGGGCUUCCCGCGUUUCAUCAGGAGGGAUGCCCUGGAGAGGUCGGGGUACAUACAGGACGAUUGCUUCGCCAUCCGGUGCGACAUCCACGUCGUGUCGACGACGUAG